UACAACGAAAGUUUAAACAAAAAACAUAUACAAUUCAAAGCAUUUUGUGACAGAAUUUGACUAACAUUGUGCAGCUAUGGCUUCCAGACAGAGAACAACAUCUUUCCGUCCACAACUUUCUGUUCGACGCGUCUACGAGACUUUGCAGCCUCAAUCAGAGACUAAAGAACUCCCAGAAGCUUAUCUUCUUCGUGUUUAUCUUCCUGGUUUUCCGAGGGAAAGUGUAAAGAUAACCUAUGUAGCCUCUUCACGAACGGUGAGGAUAUCCGGAGAAAGACAAGUUCGAGGGACAAUAUGGCACCGAAUUGACCAAUCAUAUCCCAUUCCUGAUCACUGUGAUGCAGAGGCACUUCAGGGUAAGUAUGAAGCUCCAGUUCUCACCCUUACAAUACCAAAGAAGUCCACGACCACCGAAUCACAACCUGCUCCUAAACAACAAGAAGUGGGAACAUCCCAAGACAAAGGUGCAGUGUCUGAAUCAAAGCCUGAUGAAAAGGUUCAGGAUGCUACUCCGCCACAACCUACGACUACAACAACUAAAGUGGAAGAAGAACCACUAGAAGACAAGAAAAGUGUUUCACCACCAAGCCCUGACUUUGAGGCACAAAAAAGGGAAGACACACCAUCUCAAUCCCCUUCAGAACCAAUUAGGGACCAAAAGGGUCAAGUGGAAGCUGUAGAAAGAGUUGGUUCUAUUGGUGAGCCUCCAAUGAGUGAAAAGGAGUUGGAACAAAAACCAGCACCACCAAGGUCAGCCACAAUGCAAAGAGAUGAAAAGCCACAAAAGGGUCAAGAGGAAUUUGGACCAAGACCAACAACAACAACGUUAACCAAAGUCAAAACAGCUGAAAGGUACCAGCAGGGUCAAGAGGAAUUUGAACCAAGAGCAACACCACCAAUGCUAACCAAAGUAAAAACAGCUGAAAAAAGUCAAAAGGGUCAGGAGGAAAUUGAACCUAAAUCAACACCAACAAUGGAACAGAAAAUCAAAACAGAUGAGCAACUUCCAGAGGUUCAAGAGGAAGGUGAGCCAAGAUCUGCAAUAACAACUAUUUCCAGAAAGGCAACAGUUAAAGAGCAAUUGGAGGAAAAGAGGAUAGAAGAAACAAGUGCUGAUGCUGCUAAGAAGGAAAGUGACUCAAAGAAUGAAGUUAAAGAGGAAGCUUAUGAGUCAAGACACGCGAAAGAUGAGGAUCAAGCUGAUUUUAAAGAGAAAGAAAAAUUUGUAGCCAAGGAAGCAGAAACUUGUGCUCCAAAAGUUCAGAAGAAAAAGGAGAAAAAAGGGAAGAGUGAAGAGAAUGCAGUGGAAAGGGUUGGCGGUGUCUCCCAUGUUUUUUCAAAAGUGGCUGAAGGGAUAUUGAAUGAGGAAGAGAAAAAAAUAGCAACAAAUAUUGGUGCUGCAGUUCUGGUCAUUGCUGCAUUGGGAUAUUAUUUAUCUUACAGGUUUACCUCUUGAGUUGAACUUAAAACAUGUUCUAAUCAAUGUAUGCUUUCUCACACUUGUACAUGAAUGAUGAACUGUAACAAAAAUCAUUUGAAUAAAGAGUGAAUGCAAUCUAUGAUUCUUCGUAUUUC